GUGUCUUUCCAGUGUACUGUACAGAGCUACUGCUGAGUGCCAGACUACUAGCAGCAGCACUGUGAGACUACCAGGCUACAGGAGUACUGUCCGAGUACCAGGCUACAGGAGUACUGUCGAGAGUAGUAUGUGACUACUGGCUGAACAUAAGGCUAGAGGCAGGGUAGACUGCAAGAAGUUUAUCUUUGUACCAGACCCCUUUCAUUACUUCGCAGCUGCUGACUGUGGCUACUGCAUGGUGAGUCCAACGUUGUUUUAACGUCUCACAAGCGGAACAGACGACAGGGUCACCAGGUGCUCUUGGACAUUGAACCUUCAAGAUGCAGUGGCUUCUGGCUGCUACACUGGCUCUGGUAGCGGCCAUACUUGCAUGGUCAGUGACCAACAUUGCUUCCAGAUCGGAUGAAAUGACUCCUCUGACCACGAGAGUGAACACCACUUACGACUACGUCGUAGUGGGCGGGGGCACGGCAGGCUGCGUGCUGGCCGCGAGGUUGUCCGAGGACAGUGACGUCACGGUACUGCUGCUGGAGGCGGGGCCAGACGACAGGGGGCUGGCCAGCGUGUACACCCCCGCGCUGGUGGGCACGAUGUACCACUCACACCUGGACUGGGACUACUACACGGUGCCUCAGCUGCACUCCCACGCCGGCUAUAAAGAUAAGAAAAGCUUCUGGCCCCGGGGGCGCAUGCUGGGAGGAAGUUCCAACCUCAACACCAUGAUCUACCUGCGCGGCAGUCACCAUGACUACGAUCGAUGGGCGGAGCUGGGUAACGAAGGGUGGAGCUACUCAGACGUCCUGCCGUACUUCCGGAAGUCGGAGGACAACCAGAACAUGGACUACGUACAAGGCGGUUACCACGGACAGGGAGGAGAGGUCAAAGUGGACUCGAGCAACACGCUGCCCCUGACUGACCUUUGGUUGAAAGCCGGCACACAGAUGGGCAUGGACAUCAUUGACCCCAACGCUGUCCAUAAAGAAGGUGUGUUUCAAACUCAGGGUACAUUUUACAAGGGCGAGCGUUGGGGUAUGUCACGUGCUUUCAUCCAUCCCGCUCUGACGCGCCCCAACCUCCAUGUCCUCGUCAACGCUCAUGCUACGAGGGUGGUUAUCGAGCACCAGCGAGCUGUUGGGGUGGAGUUCGUCCGAAAUAGCCGACGGUUCACCGUGCAAGUGUCAAAGGAGGUAAUCGUGUCAGCAGGAAGCAUCGGGUCUCCACAGCUGCUGCUGCUGUCGGGAAUCGGACCUCGUCAGCAUCUCCAAGACUUGCACAUCCCGGUGGUGGCGGACUUGCCUGUGGGCGACAAUCUUCACGACCACAUGGUCUACGAUUUCCAGGUGGGCUUGCAGGAGCCGGUGUCAGUCUCCUCAAGGGAACUACAGUCUCCUUGGACGCGUCUGCAAUACCAACUUUUCAGAACAGGUCACCUGUCGUCACCUCUGUCACACGAGGUGAACCUGUUGGUCUGUACAGACCAGGACAGUCGCCGCCUGCAGUGGCCUGAUGUGCAGUUGAUGCUGCUGGGCCGCAACUUCGACACUAACAAGCUUCGUGUAUACGGCUACUCGCAAGAGUCACUGCAGGAGGCAGCUCGGCGUGACACCUUCCAGCACGCCAUCACCUGUCUGGCCACCCUGUUACGACCGGUCAGUCGCGGCACUCUCAGACUGGCCACGUCUGAUCCCUUCACCUACCCACUCAUCGACCCGCAGUACCUGCAGUACCCGGAAGACGUGGACGUUCUUGUUCGAGGUAUCCGGGAGUGUCAGCGCUUGAUGCGGACCCCCGCCAUGCAGGGUGUAGGAGCCAAGCCGUCCGACAGUCCUUCUCGUUUCUGCAGUCACCAUGGAUACGACUCUGACGAGUACUGGCGCUGCAUGGUCAGACGAAACGCGCAGACCGUCUACCACCCGGUGGGCACCUGCAGCAUGGGGCCACCCGGCCAUCCCAAGGCCGUCGUGGAUCCGCAGCUAAGGGUACAAGGCGUAAAGGGUCUUCGGGUGGCCGACGCCUCAGUGAUGCCGGUCAUCGUGUCUAGCAACACCAACGCUGCGGUCAUCAUGAUCGGCGAGCACGCGGCCGACCUCAUCCGCUCCCACAGGCGACAGACGACCGUCACCUCGCCCACUGACGACUGACACAGAGCUGGUGCCAGACUUGGCCAUGGAAAACUUCUUUAUGGACAGCGAGACAACGUGUGCUCUCCGUUCUUUCACAGCAGCUUAGAGCAAGAAUCGCCAAGGAUGAAGGGAGCUCGAGAGGGGAGGGCACAAAACAAAAACAGGAAAAUUAAGUCACGCUACUUGCGAUUUCAACCCCAAAGAAAAAGAUUAAUGUGCAGCAAUUACUCUUUUUAUUAAAAAAUUGUGCAUUGUUUUAUUA